AUGUCCGAUGCUACAGGCCUUGGCUGGGUGCGAACGAUUCAACCUUUGACAGUGCGUGCCGGCCGAUCCAAGCGUGACGAGCCACUGGGGACUAUACUGCCGGAUCAAGAUGUUUAUGUUGCAGCUGUAUCUGGCAAGCGAGGGCAGAUCACAUCUCCUUAUGUGGGGUGGAUAUCGAUUCGGACAGCGGACGACGAAGCAACAAUCGUCCAGGAGCCACUGCCAGAGUCAGAGAAGCAAAGGGAUGUACCUGUGACAACAGGUUGGGUGCGCGCACUGCGCGACUUGAAUGUCCGCAAUGGUCGCGAGAAGCGCUCCGAGUUGGUGGGCUCCAUAGCUGUCGGCACAAGCGUGUUCAUCGAAGACUUGCAAGGCGGGAGAGCUCAUAUCCGAAAGCCGCUGGAGGGCUGGAUUUCAGUUGUAACCGCCGACCAAGAGCCCACAGUGACACAGGACUCCUCCGCAGCCUCCGCAGCUCCACAAGUGAGUGCAGCCGGGGCAUCACAACCUUCAGAUUCGAGUGAUUCCAGUGACACAGACACCAGCACCAGUGGGUCCAGUGAUAGUCAGGCAAGCCCUAGCAGUGACGCCACUUCAAGCAAACCGACUCUGAACCCGCCCGUUCCGGCGACACAGGGUGAGUCGCGCCAUGCUCCGGAGGCAGCAAAGUCAAAGCCUCCUGCACAGACACCUGAGUCGAGCUCCCGUGUCCAGGAGUCGAGCGCGAGCAGCAGCGCCAGCAGCGGAGCCGGCAGCAGAACAGAUAGCAACAGCAGCAGGAGAGCAAUCAGCAGCAAGAGACUGCCGCAGCCAGUGCCACAGGCGGUGGAAGUUCCAAGUCACGGCGAUGUAUCCUCGCAAGGGCAGGACGGUCAGGACGACUUGCUGCCCGGCAUCGGCUGGUGGUGGACGCACUUGAAGGCCAUCGUCUGCGAGGACGAGAAGGACCGGCGUGCCUUCAUCCGGGAGCCUCUGGAGGGCUGGAUUCAGGUGCAGUCCCCCAGUGGAAAGCCCAUACUGGCUGCAGAGCCACCAGAGGCACCGGCUCACGGCUCCUCCAGGGCCUCGGGGAAACCAGGCACCAUCCGCUUGAAGAGGCCAGAAAAGACUGCGAGCAUGCCGAGCCAUUCUGAAGAUGACAAAGGUGACAAGCGGGGACUUCUUCGCGAGCUUCUCAAAGACGUCGAGCCUGUCUUAGCGAAGGCCCCAGUCGAUGAGUUUCCCUCGAACAGUCCCGCGGUCAAACCGGGGGCUCGGGUCGCAGAUGAGCAGGCCUCAAAGAUUCCUGCAGUCAAGCGGGUCGCAGAUGAACCCGCGACAAGGAAACCGGCGGCUCCGGUCGCAGGUAUGCCUGCCUCAGAGAAGCCUGCAGUUCAAGUCGCGGAUGAGUCCGCAUCAAAGACUCUUGCAGUGAAGCGCGAGGUUAGGGUCGCGGGUGAACCCGCCCCACAGAAUCCUGCCGUGAAGCGGGGCAUGCCGGUCGCAGAGGAGCCUGCCUCGAAGAAUCCCGCAGCCAAACGCGAGGUUCGGAUCGCGAAUGAGCCCGCUUCAACGACUCCAGCGGUGAAGCGGGAGGUUCGUGCCGCAGAUGAGCCCAACCCGCAGAAUCCUGCCGUCACACGGGACACUUCUGUCGCAGAUGAACCUGCCUCGAAGAAUCCUGCAGUCAAACGGGAAGUUCAGGUUGUGGAUGAGUCCCCCUUAAAGACUCCAGCGGUGAAGCGUAAGGUUCGGGUCGCAGAUGAACCCGACCCGCAGAAUCCUGCCGUCAAGUGGGACAUUCCGGUCGCAGAUGAGCCUACCUCAAAGAAUCCUGCGGUCAAGCUGGGCGUCGCCUCAGAGAACGACAUGAGUCCAGACACUGGGAGGGUGAUUCCCGAAGAAGCCGCGGUUUCUCCGCAGUCCAGAACCAGUGGAAGCAGCAGAACAAGCAGGACGAGCAGCUCCGAUUCCUCUACCAGCAGCAGAUCGGGGGAAGCCGAUGGAACUGCCACUUCUUCAAAGUCGAGCCAAAGCAGCAACUUGCAAGCCAAGGCAGCGGAGAUGCAGGUGUUGCUGCCCCCAGCGGCACCAUCGCCGGUCGCGACGGGCUCGAGCUUUCGCAAUCCUGAGCCCGACUCGGUAGAGCAAGAAGGUGCAGCGGAGUCGCAUGGUGGAGACGAAAACGAGGUUAGGAUUCAUUCGAGCGACCUUCCUACAAGUAAAGUGGCCGGACCAAAACAGGUGCAAGACGAAACCGAGCCUCAGAAGUCGGAAGAGACGGGAUUGAGUGGGGCUGCCGAGCACAAAGUGGAGACGACAAGUAUGCCCAGCAGCCCGGAAACCACGGCGAAGUCCAGGAGUCUGCACCCGGAAACUACGGCGAAGGCCAUGAGUCCGCACGCCGCACAUCCAGACGUUCUCGAGCCGUCUGUACCAAGCUUUGGUGAACGACUUUCUCCCGACCUCCAGCCAGCAAGCGUGGUUAUCAGCAGCGAGCCCUCCCGGACAAAAGAUGGGGAUGAGCAAGCUUCGCCGGCUUCACCAGAGAGUGCUGGAAUACAGCCACAGCUCUUGACGCUGUCUGCGGAGGGCCUCAGCAAGACCACGAGUCCGCCAAUCCUACCUGUUGUGGUCGAUGGGAUGAACACCCCGAAAGCUCCCGCUCGCAAGACCGGCAUGCUGGAUUGGGAAGCAGCCGAGCCGCUGCACCCGCACUACGAGACCGCACAAGCCGUCAAGCUCCCUCCGCGCAGCGAGUGGUGGGUCCAUGAGAAAGAGGCCUCCGAGCGCCGGGUGGAGACUCUGGAGGCGCGGCUCCGUUCCGCGCUGGCCGCCCAGGAUCCGGUGGUUGAGUGGAACCUUCACCGCUUGGAGGAUACAGUUACACUGGAUUCGCCAUGCGAUGAGAGAAGCCGCGCAUCGCCCACAGGCAUCCCUAUCCCGCACAUGGAGCAGGCCUUUCAUGAAGAAGAGGGCCUCGAAGCAGCUGCCACGGCUCUGCUGCGGUCGGCAGCAGACGAGGAGUGGUCCCGCCCGCGCGACGCUGGGACUUCUGGCCACAUGUAUCCGACGACGGAUGACGACUGGGCUCCUCCCCUCUUCUCGCCCUCCAGUCGCAGGAACGAAUCAAGAGCCGCACAGAGCUCGCUUUUGGAUCCCGCCACGGAAGCACCCAGUGCGGGGCCCAUUCCUAGCUGGAUAUACCAAGGUGUAGGUGACGGAGCAGAGCGGUUCACAUGCUAUUCAUACCAGACCUGCAAGCCCAUCAGUAGAGGCACCGGAGUCGUUUGCCUCAAGGGUGCCCAGCAGCCGUGGGAGCCUGCGUCUGCAGAAGGACCGGGAGGUGCUCCAGAGGCGACUCUCCGAGCUUGGCGAUUCCUAAGUCCCACGCGAGCUCUGCUCUCCGACUCUGCCGUCCGCGUGACACGGCCGGACAUGAAGGGCGGCGGUGGCGGUCCUGGACAGACGAGUGCAAAGGUUGGUUAUGCAAUACAUCCUUCGCAGCUGAUCCCUCACCCACUGCCUCAGCCUUCAAAGCAUUCCAAGUACAUGGAGAGUGCAGGAGGAAAAGAAGCACUUCUUCCCUCCACUGCACGGAUGUUGCAUUCCGACCUGGCCAAGCUCCUCCUCGUCCUCGCGUGCGAGUGGUCCACUAGGUCACCGUCGGCGACCUCUGCCGCACCUGUGCAGGUCGAGGGCCUGAGCUUUCAGGUGGUUGGAUGUCGGCUUUAA